AUGAUGCCGAGAUCCGUUCAACACUGGCCAGGGGGAAUCCCCACUUGCAUCCAACCAUACCCAGAACCAGAUCUAUCUUGGGAUCAGAUCAAAGAGGAAGUUAAGGGCUGGCUACUCUUUGUACAGGUAUAUAUCUUCAUAGCGUUCACAUUUCCAACUACCACUUCCAAUUCCGUGCUAACAUACAGCCAGGAAAAUUGGGUUUCUGCAGCAAACGCAGGUUCCUCCGAUAAGAACUAUGAGUUAAACCACCGGCGAGAACUGGUGGAAAAGUGGGCUUCGGCUACACAGGAAUUCCGUGAUGUGAAUUCACCUCGGUCCAACUCUGUUAAAUCCCUGAAGUCCAUUGCACUAACUAGUUCUUUUUCUUCCUCAUCUAGGCGUACCAAUCUCGUGCACCUCUAUAGCACCACUCUGGUUUUUCUCGCCCCUAUUGAUGAGAAACAUGCUGCCAAUCGGGCGCGAUGGGUGAAAUUCGCCAUCCUGUUGUACAACUAUGAUAUCGAGACUGGCCACUGUCUACUCGAUGCUUAUAUGCCGUUGGAGGCGAUCCUCAAUCCAAAAACCACUACCGAUCCUUCAUUCGGGUCUAUCUUUCUCACACAGACUGGCACGGUGCUCUAUUGUGGUUAUUACGGCCCAUACAUGUUGGUUGAUGCUCUAGGCCUGCAAACUGGGCGCCUGACAAUUGUCACCUAUGAAACCAACGGGACCGUGAGAGAUUCCGUUGAGGUCCGCCCACUUGAUAUGGACCUACCGAUCAUCGAUAUUCUCUGUCAAGCUAAGGACGCUAACCAACUUCCAAACUCAAUGGUCCUAUGUGACCGAGAGCAGUGGACAAGUGAUGUUGAGCCUUAUGCCCCGGGCUACUUAGCUCUCGAGGCCGAAGGGCGCGGAGGAGAGUACCCCCUAACCAGUCUCACUAUACCAGCCUCUAUCGAGUCAAUUAAGAAGCAGGUUAUGAUCAAGAUGCAGGACCCCAGUUUCACACAACCCCACUUCUCAUUUAUUACUCCGGGUCGAUUUCCAUGA